GUGUGUGACAAAUAAGAAGAGGGAAAAAGGUAGCGGCGGGGCACACAACAAAAGCGACCCGGCCUGACUGACGCUGACAGAGGGGAGAGAGAGAGAGAAACACACCCCGUCCACUCCAGUGCGGGAUGACAGCGCAGAGGCAGGGGAUCUACUUUCAAUCCGCCAAGUCGUCUUUGCGCUGAAAGUUUGUUUAUUUCAUUUUAUUUUAUUUAUUUUUUUUUUUUUUGCGCGUCGCCAAAAGGAGGAGAGGAGAGAGGAGAGAGGGGACACCUGCUUUUCCAAGUUUUCCACCCAAAAUUAAAUUUAAAAAAAAAAAAAAAGACAAACAAAGAAAAAAGUGUUUUUGCCUGCGAAGAUGCAGAGACCAGGAGGCCAGGGGACGGCGUUCUCAAUCGACUCCCUCAUAGGGACCCCUCAGCCCAGACCCGGACACCUGCUCUACACGGGCUACCCCAUGUUCAUGCCGUACAGACCUUUGGUUAUCCCGCAAGCUUUAUCCCACUCGCCCCUAUCGUCUGGUAUACCUCCGCUCGCACCUUUGGCUUCUUUCGCUGGACGCCUCACGAACACGUUCUGUGCCAGUUUGGGACAGGGGGUGCCGUCCAUGGUGGCGCUCACCACGACGAUGCCGAGUUUCUCCGACCCUCCGGACAGUUUCUACCCGCCGCAGGAGCUCCCGGGCCCGCGCCUGAGCGCCGCCGAUCCCGGAGCGAGGAGGCAGGAGAGCCCGCACUCCGAGGAGCUGCACGGCCGGGACAAGGGCUCCGAUCUGCUCAACUUCUCGGAAACUUUUCAGACGAUAUCAGGCGAGACCAAACUGUACAGCUCGGACGACGAGAAGCUGGACCUAAAAUCGGCGGACGCGGCGUGCAGCGACCGGGAGGACAGCUCCGCGGACAGCGAGAACGAGAGCUUCUCUGACGGGAACAACUGCGGCUCCCUGUCCCAGAAGAGCAAACUAAAAGCCGGCUCGCAGGAGGCGCUGCCGACCGGCGGCUCGGCGGGGAAGAGCCGGAGGAGACGAACAGCUUUUACCAGCGAGCAGCUGCUGGAGCUCGAAAAGGAGUUUCACUGUAAAAAGUACCUUUCCCUGACCGAACGCUCGCAGAUCGCGCACGCACUCAAACUGAGCGAGGUGCAGGUGAAGAUCUGGUUUCAGAACCGCAGGGCCAAAUGGAAACGGAUCAAGGCCGGCAACGUGAACAACCGGUCGGGAGAGCCGGUGAGAAACCCCAAAAUCGUGGUCCCCAUCCCGGUGCACGUCAACAGGUUCGCUGUGAGGAGUCAGCACCAGCAAAUAGAGCAAGGGACCAGGCCAUGAGACUGAGACCGAGAGAGAGAAAACACACAAAUGCUACUAAUAAAAGAAACACUUACAUUGACUCUAUGUUCCGCUGAUCUUGUCGAACGCAUGAAGCACAAAAAAAGAGGAUGGAUUCGAUUAUUUUGUCUUUGAGAGGUGAGACUGAGCAGAGAGGAAGAUCAAGUAUUUGGCAAUACGCUGUCAUUUUUAUUUAUUGUCCUGUGAAUAUGUAAAUAUAAAUGGGUUAAAACAAAAAAACAACAACAACAAACAAUUGGUACAAAUGGGCACUAUGAGAUGAGACUGUAAAGAUUUUUUUAAGUAUUUAUAUGUAGGGCCAAACUGUUCUGUUGGGUCAUGUGCAUGUCCUCAUUUGGUGAAUUCUUUCGUUUUUGUGUUUUUUUUUCCCGUACGAUUUGUUGACCACAUUUGCAUGUAAAAGACAGUUUUUUCCCCCACAUUUUAUUUUAUUUUAUUUGUUUGGCGGCUGUAGGAUCCCACCUUUUACAGCUAUUUGUGCAAAAAAAACAAAACAAAAAAAAAAGAAGAAGAAAGAAAAAGAUGUGAAGGAAAUAAUGACCAAACAAGGGACACCUGUAAAGUAUAUUGACCUAAUAAAUCGCUUUAUACGAAAAAAAAAAAAGUUGGAAUCCACACUGAAUCGUUAUUGUUCAGGGAGCAGAGGAGCAGCGUUCACAUGGCGGCGAAAGGAGAAAAAAAAAUCUCCAGGAUAUUUGUUUUUAUUUCGCUUUAAACGAGAAAUGUGGCCUAAAGUGUUCAAAUAUAGCGAUUCAUCUGGAAUAACAAGCGUUCCCUGAGAGUGCAGUCAGGAGGCUGUUUUCUGUGAUAAUGUUUAACACAUUUAAUAUAUAUUAAAAAAAAAUCAUCACGUUUUAUUUAUCUGUAAGAAAUCAUUUUCAAUUUCAUGAUAAUAAUAUUCAUGCACAAUUUCCGAAAUCAUAAAAAUAAAAAAAUGUAAAAAAAAAAAAAACCCUGCAGGUGUUUCAGAGCAGCAGCGUUUCACUCUGACAAGUUUCAGGUCUUUGACACGUUUGUGAAUUCAAGUCGCAAAUUACUAUCAUUAUUAUUAUAAAACACUAAAUGUAAAUGGUAGGCCUUUUUUUUUCUUCUUCUUUCCUUCUUGUUUUAAUAGCAGCAGUGAUUGAUUCCUCUUUAGGAAGCCAUGUUGUCUCAAGUGGACUGAUUGAUCCCCAUUAGACUGGAGACAUUCAACACCCUGUAAUGAACUUAUCCAUCAGUCACUGCAGGGAGGGCAACCGAGCAGAAGUGCAGCCUUCACUAAUCUGACACAUGGACAUCUAUUAUUUUUGGUGGAAAAAACAAAAAAAAAAAACAAUUAAAAGCUGACUCUCCUGUAAAAAGAAAUUCACCCCCCAAAAUUAAUAAGAGGUUUAAGAUCCAGCUAAAGAGACAAAGCUCUGUUGCAUGUCACAUGAUAAAUACAAGGCUCUUCUUGAAUAAUGUCAUUUUCUACAGAGGUCUGACAUUUACUCAAAAAAAUUUUAAAAAAUAAUGCAGAUACCUGUUGAGAAUUCUUAAGAAAUAAAAGUGUAUUGUAAUGA